AUGGCGUCACCAGCAGCAAAGAGGCAGUUCAUCACCAGAAAGAGUGCUGAGCUUUCAGGCACCGGUGCUCACAGGCCUUACGAUCUUGGGCGCCCAUCGUUCUCUCCUGACGUCUACGGCCGGCAGAUCUCAUCGGACAGCGUUCGGUCCUCCGCGGUGAGCAGGAGCGGCUCGUUCAAGGCGGCGGCGCAGCGGGUCGCCGGCGCGUUCAGCAGCUGCUUUGUGCCUCGGAUCCAGUUCAAAACUGAGGAAGAGAGGGAGAAGAGCGGAGCUGCAGAUCACCAUGUCUCCACAGAUUCAGCAGGAUCAUGGCAAGAAAGUAGGGUACUCACCAUUGCUGAUAUAUGCAAGGCGACCUCAAAUUUCAGCGAGAAGAACAUAGUAAGGCAGGGAGCUUCCAGCACCAUGUACAGAGGAAAGCUGAAGGAUGGGUCUCCGAUCGCCAUAAAAUGUGUCAGGAAGUUGAACGAUCAAUAUCUGACAGCUGAACUCUGGAGGGAGCUCGAAACUCUUCAGAAUAUUGAGCAUCCGAAUCUGGCGAGGUUCCUCGGAUUCUUCAAGCGCAAAGAGGACAGUCUGAUCGUCGUCGAGUACCUCAGCAAUGGCUCCUUGAGGGAACACUUGGAUGAAUCCCGUGGAAAUGGUUUGGAACUCGCGCAACGGCUGAACAUCGCGAUCGACGUUGCUCAUGCCAUCACCUACCUGCACGAGAACACAGAGCAGCCGAUCGUCCACGGGAGCAUCCGGUCGUCGGGCGUGUUGCUGACUGAUGCGCUGACGGCGAAGGUGGCCGGCUUUGGGCUGGCGGGGACGGCAGCUUCGGGCUCGGGCUCAGGCUCGGAGGCGACGCCGGUGAAGGGCGCCGCGGGUUACGUGGACCCGGAGUACCUGAGCACGUACCAGCUGACCGACAAGAGCGACGUCUACUCCUUCGGCGUCCUCCUUGUCGAACUCGUCACUGGCAGGCCGCCCGUGGAGCGCUCCCACGGUGGCGAGGCCCGGCUCACCACGAAAUGGGCGUUGCAGAAGUACCGAGGAGGAGAGGCCGUGGUGGCCAUGGACCCCAGGAUGCGGAGGAGCCCGGCGACGGUGGCCGCGGUGGAGAAGAUGCUAGCGCUGGCCGAGCAGUGCGUCACCCCGGCGAGGAAGGACCGGCCGUCGAUGCGGCGGUGCACCGAGCAGCUGUGGACCAUCCGAAGGGACUACCACCGCCGGGAGGAGUCACACUGCACCGCCGUCGCGGAAGAACGGAGCGAUGAGUGGGUCGUCAGGUAGCUGUAGACCAAGCAGAGUCGUUUGUGGCAUGAGAACAGGGGAUGGGAAGUUGCCUUCUUGAUUUUCUUAUCUACCUUAUAAUUUUUUCACCUAUUUUCUUCUGUACAAAUCUCAACGCAAUUGAACGGUAAGUCAUGCGUGCUUAGAUUGGUUUUUUUGGGAGAACUUUGUUUGGAUUGUUUGGUUUGGCAUUGUAACUACUCCUAGUCCGUAA